UCUCCCAACUGAGGUUCGUGCCUCUAUUAUUUGUUCCUUAUCACCCGUUGAAAAACGUUCACCACACACGCGGCACCACAAUGGUGAUGAACGCGAGGCUAGUGAUGACGCUUCCAUCCAAGCGGAGAACCACGAAAACGGGACACACAAUCGCCGCGCGGCUGACGCUUUCGAAACCAACAUUGAUGUCAUUUUUGCAUCCGAUCCUCCGACUGUUGUCCUCAGCAUCAGCGCUGAGGAUCUCGAUUCUUCCAAUUCGUCGUUACUGACCAUUCCUCCUGCCCCAGAGUCGAUGAAGAAUAACAUUUCAUCGACUAAUUCCUCAUGUUGUCUAAUCACGUCGGAAGCAUCGCUUUGGAACGACUCCUGUAACUCGGCUGAUGAUGACAACCGGCAUCAUGUGUAUACCCGCAGUUCAAUUAAUGUAAGCAAGCUCAAAAGUGAAUCUUCCGAUUGCAUAUCAGAGGAGUCCAGUGUUCUAAUUGAUGAUGCCAUAGAAAUAAUUGAAAAACACAUGAGAAAUGAAAAGCAACAUGGGCUUAAAUUUGGCACCGAGGAGCAGUUGUCGACAUGGGCUUCGAAUGCGAGCGUUGAUAGCAGCUACCAACUCGUCGGUGACCAUAAGACAAACUCGGACGUCAACUCCUGUCAAGAGCCUGAUCCUUCUUACGCGUCAUGCGUCAAAAACGAACCAUGUGAUCCGAAUGACCCUAUUUCUAACUUCGAUGUUCAGAACUUCUCCGAUCUCAUAAGAUUUAACCGGCCAUCAAUCAUCCAAGAAAUGCCUCAGAGUGAUCUGUAUGAUUUUAAACUUCUUGACUCGAAUACAAGUACUCAAUGGACAGAUCACUCGAAUAUGCGCUCCACUCCCUCGCACUCCUCUGACAGUAUCCAGUACAGACCUUCAGUUAUCUCGGACGUCUUAACGCCCGUGUCGAGCAUUGCCGCAAGUUCUCAUAUUCUUGCGACGUCCGUGCAGUGCGACGGGUCAUCAGUGUUGACACCUACCACGUGGAAGCCUCCAGGCGUUGAGAAAGACUUCGAUGCUCAAUAUUUCGACCCUGCGUGGGAUCCCUGGGACUAUCAGGCAUCGCAAUUAGAUCCUUAUGAUUACAGGUAUAGUUAUGUCAUUAAAUUUGUGCCAUAA